UUUCUCUCACUCGUCGACUCUUUUUAAAUUUUUUUUCUUUUUACCCAACAAAUUUUUCUUGUGCGAGGUGUAUGGGAAUAUACGUAGCGGCGCUGUUGCAACACGCAGAGUGAGCCGGGGAGACUUGAAGAGGAAAAAUGGAUAAUAUACCUGAUGGGGCGGGAACCGUUUCUCUUCUUCUCCUAUUCCUUCCUGACUCGACCGGGGAAUAGGUGACGCCCUCCUCCUCUUUUCCCACCACCACCACUACCACCAGACAACACACACACACCAUAGCCCGGCUGUUCCUUCUUCGACGGUGGGUGGUGAGUAGGAGCUCUCCCCCCAACUCCCAUCCUGUCCUAUACCGACCUCCUGCGCUGUUGCUCGCGCUCGGGCCUCGCUUUUCCUCCUGUCUCUCCGAUGUUUCAAUCAGUUGCUUUCCUAACGUGGACUGUAGCGGACGUGUAGAAAAAAAAAUCACCUCACACACACACAAACACAGACUGAGAAAAAGAAAAGUUUUUUUGGUUGUUGCAUUCUACUGACUCAUUGGCCCGUCAUUUGAAUUGUUCUUCCAGUUCAUCUCGCAGGUGUUCAUCUCUCAACUCUCUCACAGCCCGUGAAAGAAAAGAAAAGAAAAAAGUUUGGUUGGUUCAAAAGAAAGAAGAAAAGGACCUCCAAUUUAUUUUCAAAUUCACCGGUCAUCAGUUUUGAACAAUUGCUACCCACAACCUGUGCGCCGCUCCGGUUUCUUUGAAAAUGGAAUUACGAUUCGCCGUGGUGGUGGUGUUCUUCAUCUUUGCCGCCUUCUGCAUCCACACCUCUCACAGCCAAGGGAUGCAGCAAUUCGACCGCGAACCGCAGUACACCGAAGCCAAUCCCGGAGAGAUCGUGAUCAUGCCUUGCAGAGUCUUCAACAAGAAAGGCCAAUGCGUCUGGCAGAAAGAUGGCAAGCCCGUCGGAAUUUACCCUGGGAAAUACGAAUGGGUUAGCUCACCUGAUUUGGGCGAUUGCAGCCUACGGAUAUCCGCCGCCCGAGCCGAUCUGGAUGCCGGUGAAUGGGAAUGCCAGGUAACCGCAUCGUCAUUCGAUGCGCAGGACGCCUUGACCUCCGACCCGGCCCGGCUCGUCGUUCGAGUUCCUCCGAGUCCUCCUCAACUGGAAGUGGAAUUGAGCCCGAUCGCCGACGGUGGCAACCUCACCUUGUCUGCGGGUAAAGAGGCCACAGUUCGGUGCUUGAGCCGCGGUGGCAAUCCGGCCGCCAACGUCAAGUGGUUCCUCGAUGAUCGUGAACUCGUCGGCCAGUACAACCAGACCAACACGACCGACAUUGGCAAGGUCAAAACGUGGAUGGCCGUCUCGACGCUGACCUACACCUUCAACAAGACGGAUCACUCGAAAUUACUGCGGUGCGUCGCCCUCCACGAGGCCUAUCCGACCAAAAGCCGCGAGUCAUCCGUCACGCUCGACAUCCACUACGCCCCGGAAGUGACGCUGGUUGGGACUCCGACGGUCGACCUGGAAGAGAACAUCGACUCUGUUUCGUUGCGAUGCCGGGCGGACGCCAACCCGCCGGCCACUGUGAUUUGGCGCCGCGUUGGCGGCAAUCCGUCGCUGUCGAACAAAUCUCCCGUGGCAAGCAUGGGUGACAUUUACAGUUUCCAGGAGAUCCUGGAAUUCUCGCCCGUCACGCGCAAAGAUUCCGCCACCUACUCGUGCGAAGCCAAGAACACGAUUGGAACCUCGAAUCUCAUCACGAUUCCCAUCGACAUCAAAUACUCGCCGAUGAUUGUCAACGUCGGGCCGGCUGUUAGCCAACAAUUGACGGUCACGCUGUACGAGUCGACUCGGCUCGAGUGUCAGGCGGAAGGCAACCCGCAGCCGCGCUACCAGUGGCUCCACAGGCGACCCAAGGACGGCGAAGAGGAUAUUGUCAUCCGGUCGGAAGACCGUUACUUGCACAUCACCAACGUGACGUACGAACACCAGGGCGAGUACAUUUGCAUCGCCACCAGCACCAUCAACGGCCUGGAGCGGAUGGUCCAGAGUGAAGCCAUUACCCUCCGAGUUGUAGGACCUCCACAAGUUUUGAACGAAGUUUCGUCGCGAUUCAUUUCUGUGGAACGCGGCGACGAUGCCGUCAUCCGGGCCGUCUUCUGCGCUGAUCCACGUCCGAUCCGAGUCUCUUGGCGCUGGGCCGCCUUCCAGAUGGAGGCCGGCAGCGGCAGCGGUCGCUUCGUUGCCGAGGCUCUGCACAAGGUCUCACCUGCUAUCCUACCCACCCCGCCCGCCAUUGUCGAGCUUGUGGGCGAGGACGAGGAUGACGAGGAUGAUGUGAUGGGCAACACCGAAUCCAGCAAUACCAAUUCAGCUUACGACACUGCAAUUAUCGAGAACACCAGCACGUCCAGCACAAUGCACCAUCCACGUAGUUUAGAAGUCGUACCCACCGCUCAGUCUUUGGUUGCACGUCCGCCUCAGGCCGUUUUCACUUAUCCGGGGAAGCGAGACGAAUGCUACGAGACGCGCUUACGUAUCCAGCGCGUCGAAAUGAACGACGCCCGUCACUACUAUUUGACCGUGGAGAACGACAAAGGCUCGGAUACUUUCUACGUCACUCUGACCGUCAAAGUAGAACCUGUUUCCAUGGCAACUGUAAUCGCCGUGGUGAUCGCCUGUCUCUUCCUCAUCAUCGUCGUCACGCUCUGCCUCCUCUACGCCUACCGAUCCGAGAGAUGCUGUUUCGACCGUAAGGGCGGCUCCAAGUCGACCGAUCUGGAAAGUAUGAAGAGUGAUGUGGAAAGUGUACAUAGUAGCAGUCAGUGUAGCAGCAGCGGCAACAACAGCGCCACCAGCCAGACGAGCAUCAAUCGCGGAGGAACUCAGCGGAGCAGCAGCAUCGGCCAGACAAAGUGCCAUGUGAGUAAUAGCGUGACAAAGAUUCAGACGACGUCGUCGUCCUCCUCUUCCAACUCCUCCAACUUGAGCGAUGCCAGUCCAUCGAGCAAGAAGCUGAAUAUCACGACGUCAGCCCUUCCCGGUGGCGGCCAAUUCAAAACUAACAUCUUUAUUAACGGUCCGACUGCUACGACCACCACUUCUUCUCUUCCACCUACUACUACUACCACUACUACUACUACCAUAACCACUAACCCGUUCUCGGCGCUCAAUGGAGAAAGCAUUGGGAACGGCGGUAUCGGAUUCCCGGGGUCUGCUCUACGCGGACCUGCAGUUGCCAAAAACCAGCAAUAACGGCUCGAUGAAGGUGAAGAAUCACCACAGACAUCUUCACAAUUUGCCAACGUCUUCGUCGUCCUCUUCGACCGGCACUUCGUCGCCGCAACAGCAAUGGAGCCAAUUGAACCGAACCAAUUUUUCCGACCGGUCACUGGAUCAGACCAUCGAUACAUUAGACACAUCUCUAGAUCGAUCUCAUUCUAAAGUCGAUGUUUAAAACAACAAAACAACAAAGUGACAAGUCAAAUUUGAAAAUGCCCAUGCCUAUUAUAAAUAUACGUGUACAAAACAUUUUUUUCUUAAUUUCUUUUACAAGAUUUGUGUGUGUGUCUAGUUGUGUGUACGUGAAAUACUUUAAUUUCUCUUUUUUUCCGUUUUCCCCCCUAAUUUUACGACUUUUAAAAAUGUUUGAAACUAUAAUACAAAAGACCAAAAUAACAAUUUAACACGAUGAUGUGAAAGUGACAAACGGCUCGAAAGAACCGAAAUUCUUAAAUAAACAGCCCAAGGAAUCGUGAAAAUGUAAAUUACCCAACCCGCAUGUGUAGAAAUUUCUUUUCUUUUCAUUUUCUAAAGAGCAUGUAUCUUUCAGUUGAAAUUAAAACGAUAAGUAUUUGUUGGUAUUAUAAUAAGGUAUUCUAGUGGAUAUAAAUGUGCGUGAUUUUUUCUCCCCCCUCCCCAAAAACCUUGUCGUUUCGUGUAAUGUACAAAGUGCUCGUCGUUUUCGUGAUUUUUUUUCUUCAAACAUACCGUGUCGUUCAGAAUAAAUAAAAGAACCAAAAUAAACAA